UAGUCUUCCACUCAACACCAUCCUAAAUCCUAAUGCAAUGGUAUCCACUCUUGGUAUCCAUUUUGGGGUCGGUUAAUCAUCCACGUAGAAGUUCCAUGUGACCGUCUACCUAUUUAUUUCAUGUGGCCAUAUCCAUUUUCUCCAACGCCUUUUCAUCUAUAAUAUAGGGUUCACUUGUUUGAACGGCUUAGAAGGUGAAGGUUUGUUAUCUAGGACCCCAUAGAUAAAUUUUCUGUUGCAGGGUUGUUCCAGUGGAAAGCUCGUAAUGGAUCGGGGAAAGUCUGCAGUGCCCAGGGUAAUUCUUCCAUUGAGUGUAGAGGAGAGUACAAGGCAAAGGGAGCUACUUCAAUAUUCAAGUGUGGUGGAAAGCAGGAAAUGGAAUCCAAGCUUGGAGCAAAAGCAGAUAUUAGAGUCUGUGUGGGCUUCUGGAACAAGAAAACCACCGUGUGAAGCCCAUAUAGAUGAAAUUACCUCUCAUCUACACCGUUAUGGGAAAGCGGAAGUCAAAAAUGUAUAUUAUUGGUUUCGCAAUGAAGGUACUCGAGAGAAACGCAGAAAACAACAAUCAGAAGCCAUAAAUUCUGAUUGCUCUGCACAAUCAAACCAGUUGGGAAACAGGGUUAAUGUAGAGGGAGAAGAAGAAGAAGAAGUGCAGAGAACUUUGGAACUUUUUCCUCUGCAUCCUGAUAGAGGCGGUUUAUUAUAGGCCGGGAACUGUUACUGUAGUGAUCAAUGGCUUAUUUUGCUAUGAUGGUCUAAAAAAAGCCAUUGAUCUCCAGGAAAGAAUUAGGUUUUGUUCUACAAAAUUUCGGACUUAGUAUGGUGAUUGCUUUGUAUUGCUUUGCAUAAGGCUAGGAAACAACCCUCAUCCUUUGUAAAUGCAUAUGAAUAAGGUUUAUUGUAGGCCAGGAACUGUUACUCUGUAGUGAUCAAUGGCUUAUUUUGCUAUGAUGGUCUAAAAAUUGCCAUUGAUCAAUUGCUUAUUUUGCUAUGUAGUAAUUCAACAAAAUUUCGGACUUGUUUUGUAUGUGAUAAGCAUACUGUUUAGCGUAUGCGCCAAGUAAUACAAACGGAACUUCUGUUUAGCUUUCAAUUCCUCAUGUAGUGAAUAACCCCCUUUUUCGUUCAAACGAAAGGGGAUAAAUAGGCAUCUUUCAAGGAUUGUGGGAAAUUGCAUUUUUAUAGUGGAAUGUGAAU